GUCGUCACUGCAAUAGCAUAAUGUUAUCACGGCAUUUAUAUUAACUGAAUUAUUAUGUAAGGUUUAAAAAUAUUCAAAAUAUCGUUUACAAUAACGUACUCGCGUCGUGUUUCGAUUUGUUUUUCCGCAAAAACAUCUCUUUGGACGACGUUUCGUUAUCGCACGCGUGUGUGAACGAGUGCGGUUUGUUUUCGUUUAUUCCGUAUACUAUUAAAGCGAUAAUAAUAUAUAUUAUAUAGGCAUGCAAAAACCGUACGUUCGGUUUCGGUGUCAUUGAAGACCGGCCACGGACCUUGCCGCGACAAACAUCCUAUUAUGGUGCGGGAAAGAAAUAUUAUGUUCCUGUUCUACUCGAGGUUCCGAUUUUUUAACAAUUGGUGCCUGUAAAAUGCAUUAUUCAAUAAUAUAUUAUGUUAGUCGCAAUUUAAUUCUCAGCUCAAAUUCAUAUCAUUGAAGCUGUGAUGACCGUUAUGGCAGUAUCGAUUGAUGAAAUACGUGAAAGUAUUAAUAUGGCUCGUGAGAUGGCUCUUACUGGUAAUUACGAUUCAUCACUAGUCUAUUAUGAAGGAGCCAAAUUACAGUUAGGACGAUUCUUGUCUACUGUUGAUAUUCAAGCACGCAGAGAAUCCUGGCGAACUAUUCAACGUCAGAUUAAUGAUGAAUGUGAACAGUUAAAAUUGUAUUCAAAUACCUUAAAUAAAUUAAAGCAACUACGAACUAAUGAUUUUGAAAGGAAUGAGAGGCCACUUAGUGCAUCUUCUCCAGCAUUGAAUAGAAAUAAUAGAAAUGAAGAUAUAUCACCCGUUGAUGGAUUGUCAUGGUUUGGAACAACCCGUCAACAGGUUAAUGGCAGUGGCUCCCUAGAAUGGCCCCCAGCAAAUAAUAAUGAUCCUGAUGUUUGGCCACCUCCAUCACCCGUUGAACAUAGACCUGGACCACAAGUUAGGCCACAAAAAACAUCUCGACGUAAUGAAACAUCACGAGUGGCCAAUAGAAAUCAAAAAAUUGGACCUAAUAAUACCCGUAACAGUGCCACUAGAUCUCAGAUAGCAAAAAAAAAUGAUGAUGUGAAAAAAGGCCCGAAAAAAGAUACUAACGGUCAUAAUAUAAACGGAACGACUGAUAAAAAUGAAAAAGAUAAGGAUGAAAAAGAAGUUUUGAAACCAGAAGAAAAAAGAUUUGAUUGUUCCUCAUAUGAUCAAGACCUUGUUGAUAUGCUAGAAAGAGAUAUUGUACAGAAAAAUCCUAAUAUAAGAUGGAGUGACAUAGCUGAAUUAGAUGAAGCUAAACGCCUCUUAGAAGAAGCAGUAGUACUUCCUAUGUGGAUGCCAGAUUUUUUUAAGGGAAUUCGGCGACCUUGGAAAGGAGUCUUAAUGGUUGGUCCACCUGGAACUGGUAAAACAAUGCUUGCAAAAGCUGUUGCAACUGAGUGUAGAACUACUUUUUUUAAUGUAUCCUCAUCAACACUAACUUCUAAGUAUAGAGGCGAAUCUGAGAAACUUGUCAGGCUCCUUUUUGAAAUGGCAAGGUUUCAUGCUCCAUCAACAAUAUUCAUUGAUGAAAUAGAUUCUCUUUGUUCUCGGAGAGGCUCAGAGUCUGAACAUGAGGCAUCCAGAAGAGUAAAAUCUGAACUCUUAGUCCAAAUGGAUGGCUUAAGUGAUACAAGUACAGAAGAAGAAUCUGGGGCUAGUCGUAUUGUGAUGGUACUAGCAGCUACCAAUUUCCCUUGGGAUAUAGAUGAGGCACUUAGACGUCGACUGGAGAAACGCAUAUAUAUACCUUUACCUAACAGUGCUGGUCGAGAAGCGCUACUGAGAAUAAACCUUAGAGAUGUUAAAGUUGAACCUGAUGUAAAUUUAACAGAGAUAGCUACCAAACUUAAAGGUUACUCUGGUGCUGAUAUCACAAAUGUUUGCAGGGACGCAUCUAUGAUGUCUAUGAGACGUAAGAUUGCUGGAUUAAAACCAGAUCAGAUUCGGCAAUUGGCCAAAGAAGAAGUGGAUUUGCCAGUGUCUUUCCAAGAUUUUAAUGAAGCAAUAGCUAAGUGCAACAAAAGUGUUUCGUCAGAUGAUUUGACCAAAUAUGAAAAGUGGAUGAGUGAAUUUGGCUCCUCAUAACUGUUGCUGAUAAUGAACUGCAUAUUUUUUUCGAUGCAGACCAUUAUUUUGAAUUAAUUUUCUUUUGUUGUUAAUUGUAUAUAGAAAUAGAAAGACAACUAGAAAUUAAUUACUUUUUAUUUUAAUUGUUUAUGGCUGUGCUAGCUUUUGAACGAACUUUAUAUGCUCACAACGAAACACAUACUUAAAAUAUUAAAAACAGAAACUAAUAUUUUUUAAGUUUUUAUCUUUUUUUUGUGUCUGAAGGAAAAAUUUUAAUUUUACAUUUAUUUAAUUUAAAACCUAAAAGAAAACAUAUAUUAUCUUGCCAUUUAUAUUGAAUCAAAAUAUUUAAAAUAGUCACAAUAUCUUGGUUUAAUUUAUUUUACCUGUUAUUAUAUGCUUUAUGGAAUAUAAAUUGUAUAUUUUGUUCCUUUAAAUUAUCUGUUUUGCACUUAUAUCAUUUUAAUGCUAACUAUUCAGAUUACAACCCUUGAUCAGUAACUACUAGGUCCCUAAUGUGAUUUAUGUGUAAUAAUUUAUUUGUUAAACCUUAAAUUUCAUAUUGUAAAAAAGUCACUUGUAAUUUAUUGAAUAAAACAAAAUUUUCCUAUUAUUA